AUGGCGACUAGCUUACUAGAAUUUGCUUCUUUUGACGCCGAGAAUCGGGAAAAUAUCGAAAUUAGAUGGCAACGAUGGUUCAUGCGAUUCGAAAAUCUACUGAUUGCACACGAUAUAAAAGACAAGAAAAGAAAACGAGCGUUAUUAUUAUACUAUAUCGGUGAAAGUACUCUAAAUAUCUUUGAAACACUGCCAGAGACAGGCACAGAAGACGACUAUGAAGAAGCGUGUCAAGCUUUAAAUGAACACUUUAAACCUCGCAAGAAUACAUCGUUUGAAUUAUUCAAGUUUAGGAAAACAAACCAACUUGUUGACGAAACUCUCGAUCAAUACCAU